CACGCCAUUCUCCUGCCUCAGCCUCCCGAGUAGCUGGGACGAACCAGUCCUGGCCCAGCCCAUUCCGCGAGCCAGCAAGCUUCUGAAAAGCAAAACUAGGAAGUUGCUUUCCAACAUAAAGUGGAGGUUUCAACACAGGAGACUUUAAGCAAGUUCCAGUGUGUCUAUAUUUGGUCUGGCUGAUCCUCUGGACUCUGGCCUUCCCCGCUCACAUUAGCAGACAGCUCUGCCCUAGUGGGCGCUUAGCCUGCGACGGCAGCCCGAGAGGAAGAGUUGGGCAGAGUUGCAGGGGUCUCCACAGCUGAGGCAGGUUGGCCGGAUUAUUUGGGUUCCUGCUUGGAUGGCGGCGACGCUGAUCGUGGAGCCCGCGGGCCGCUGCUGCUGGGACGAACCGGUGCGAAUCGCGGUGCGCGGCCUAGCCCCGGAGCAGCCGGUCACGCUGCGCGCGUCCCUGCGCGACGAGAAGGGCGCGCUUUUCCAGGCCCACGCGCGCUACCGCGCCGACACCCGCGGCGAGCUGGACCUGGAGCGCGCGCCCGCGCUGGGCGGCAGCUUCGCGGGGCUUGAGCCCAUGGGGCUGCUCUGGGCCUUGGAGCCCGCGAAACCCUCGGUGCGGCUGGUGAAGCGCGACGUGCGAACGCCCUUGGCCGUGGAGCUGGAGGUGCUGGAUGGCCACGACCCCGAGCCCGGGCGGCUGCUGUGCCAGGUGCGGCACGAGCGCUACUUCCUCCCGCCAGGGGUGCGGCGCGAGCCGGUGCGCGCGGGCCGGGUGCGAGGCACGCUCUUCCUGCCGCCAGAACCUGGGCCCUUUCCUGGGAUUGUGGACAUGUUCGGAACUGGAGGUGGCCUGCUGGAGUAUCGGGCUAGUCUGCUGGCUGGGAAGGGUUUUGCUGUGAUGGCUCUGGCUUAUUAUAACUAUGAAGACCUCCCCAAGACCAUGGAGACGCUCCAUCUGGAGUACUUUGAAGAAGCCGUGAACUACUUGCUCAGUCAUCCUGAGGUAAAAGGUCCAGGAGUUGGGCUGCUUGGAAUUUCCAAAGGGGGUGAGCUCUGCCUUUCCAUGGCCUCUUUCCUGAAGGGCAUCACGGCUGCUGUUGUCAUCAACGGCUCUGUGGCCAAUGUUGGGGGAACCUUACGCUACAAGGGUGAGACCCUGCCCCCUGUGGGCGUCAACAGAAAUCGCAUCAGGGUGACCAAAGAUGGCUAUGCAGACAUUGUGGAUGUCCUGAACAGCCCUUUGGAAGGACCUGACCAGAAGAGUUUCAUUCCUGUGGAAAGGGCAGAGAGCACCUUCCUGUUCCUGUUUGUGGAGGGAAUCCAGGAGUUUUUGAAGAGAGAGUUUGGAGUGCAGAAGAGGCAGCGGAACUAGGAGUUGUCGGGUGGCGUGACCUGCUCCAGUGGCUUGUCUUGAAGUAUUGUUCAUCUGGUGAAGAAGCCAUUGCCAUCACUGUGGCUAGAGGUGUCUGGUCCAUAUCCAGAUCCAGUCCCUGAAGCUGAAGGAAAUAUAUGACCAGGUAAUGGUGUGUACUUAACGAGCAUCUAGGUAAAUACAUGUGCAUAAGGCAUGGAAACAUAGAAUGGGAAAAGAAAGGGCGUGGAGGUUCAGCACAUUCCGAGGGUGUAUUUCACGAUGAAAGGAAACACAUAUGCAGCUGGUCUCAGAGUUCUAUCUUGAGACUCAUUGGGGGAGGAGAAAGGGGAAAGGAAAAAAAAGUCUUAAGAUUUGAGGCUAAGCUGCUAACCUGCUUAGUUACACUCCCACCUUGGCCUCUCAAAGGGCUGGGAUUAUAGGCGUGAACCACUGUGCCAACCCAGCAUGGUGUUUUGAUAUGUGUACAUUAACACACUGUGAAAGGAUUCCUGCAAUCCAGGUAAUUAACCUGUCCAUCAUCUCCCAUCUUUCUCUCUCUCGCUCUUUUUUUUUUUUUUCCCCGGUGGUGAGGACACUUGUCUUAAUCUGUUCAACUGCUGUAACAAAAUGUCUUAGACUGGGUAAUUUAUAAACAACAGAAAUGUAUUGCUCACAGUUUUGGAGGCUAGGAAAUCCAAGAUCAAGGCACCAGCAGAUCUGGUGUCUGGUGAGGGCCUGUUCCUCAUAGAUGGCACCAUCUUGUGUCCUACCUAGUGGAAGGAGCAAGGCAGCUCUCUUCAACCUGUUUUAUAAGGGCACCAGUCCCAUUAAUGAGGGUUCCACCCUCAUGACAGUCACUUCCCAAAUGCCUCGUGAUGUUUGUGUGUCUGUGUGUAUCUCGGAGCGCCAGGCCUCAAUUUCCUCAUCUAUACAAUGGGUAUAACAACAAUCCCAUCUUGUUGGGAGGAAUUAACAAUCAUGCAUCAAGCCCUGGGCAUCAGGUUCAAUGUGUUAGCUAUUAAGAGCUAAUUACUAUUUAAUGUUUUAAACACCCUCAGGAAGUAGAGAACACUCCUGUCACAUUCUGCAGAAAAAGAAAUUGAGGCAAGGGGCAAAGCCAUUUGCCAAGGUCAUAGAUCCUGCAAGCCAAUGGCAAGGCAGGAUCUGAACCUGGGGCUUCAGAUCCUGGGGCUUUAUCUGAUUAAAUACCAAGAGAGAGUGCUGAGAUAUUUUGGUGGUGGACAGUCCCUGAGGCAAGCCAUUUUUAGAGCAUCUGGGCCACUUGGGGAAUUGAAUCUUUACCAGGGCUUCCCACCUCCUGUUGCCCCUUCUCUGAAGGUGACCGCCUCCCACAGUAGCACCCCAACCACUCAGAACCCCCAAGCCUUCUUCUGUGCACAUGCUGAAGCUAAUAUUGCCCUCCACUCCACCCCAACAUCAGGGACCCUGGCUCAAGCCCUUCCCUGGGAGCCCUUCCUCCUCUCAUGAGGCCUCCUUCCCAGCCCCUCAGAACAGCCUCCUUUAUGAGAGUGGCCAAGAUCCCACUGAAACCUUCCUAUCAACUUUAUGAAAUUAAUCAGGGAAGAAGGGAGGGGCGAAAUGGAAAUCAGCCCAGCUUGUAGCACACACAGCAUUGGCCAUGAGGUCAGCUGCUCUCUGACCCACUUGCUCAGAGUUGUUUGCUGUCUGUUGCUCCAGAGUCACAUAGACCCUGUCACAAGGUCAUAGUUCCCCUUCACUGCUCUAUAGAUAACAACUGGAACAUUAUAAAACGUUAACUUUUCCAUUUGAGAUAUUCUUUCAGGUCCUGCGUAGCAAUGAAACUGAGGCAGGAUAGGUAGUUAAGGGAGUGACCGUGUUCUCGGGAUGCAGCGACCAUGGCACCCAUACAGUCAACACAGUGAGCCUCAGCAUUCGCAUUGUCAUUGAGCACAUUCAAGCAAAGCUGUCUUCAGUAGGGAAUUUCCCCCAUAGACAGCAUGAGCAUUUUAAUUUUACCUGUCCUCAAACUGACAUUUUGCUCAUUAUAAUAGAAGAAGACAGCCCUACAUGGAGAUGUAAUAUGCUAGUGAGACAUGUGACAUAUGAACAAGCAUGUACAGCUACUGUGCAUGUGCACCCAGAAGACCACCCGGAACAUGCUUACUAGCAACACCUCUUCCCACCACCUUAUGAAUAAUCAUGUAAGACUCCCAUAAAGGGAGUCUCCCUACUGCAAGUCUCUGCUGUCUCACCCCUAUGAGCAGCUUGCCUUGAAUCCUCUCUCUCUCACAGUAUACUGUCCAUUCUGCACGUAACUUUCAAAAUACUCUUCCUUUGCAAUAAAUUACUCUAUGCUGCA